AUGGUUCUCGCACCGCAUCCAGACCCGACAAAACCUGUCCUCAGCCACUUCGAUCUUUCGGGGAAAACUGGAAUUGUCACCGGAGGAUCUCGAGGUAUCGGUCUUGAGGUGGCGCGAGGCCUUUGUGAGGCUGGCGCAAAGGUAGCCAUUACAUACAGCAGCACGCCUGUUGCAGAGGCUGAGGCAACGGCAGCAGCUAUCUCGUCCGAAAACAGCGGUCGGUCCGUCAAAGCAUACAAGUGCAAUGUGAGAUCUAAAGUCGAGGUGCAAGCAAUCUUGGAAGCAGCCACCAAAGAGCUUGGAGGCGGCACACUUGACAUUGUCGUUGCAAACGCCGGAAUAGCAGACCACAUCCCUGCAAAAGACUAUCCGGAGGACAAAUUUCGAGAUAUGUUUGAUGUCAAUGUGAAUGGUGCGUUCUGGACCGCGCAAGCCGCGGCAAAUAUCUUUGAAAGGCAGUGGAAGGCUGGCGGCGAGGCAAACCCUCAUCGAGGAUCAAUCAUAUUCACAGCUUCGGUGUCGGCAACACUAGUGAAUAUACCACAGAAACAGGCAGCUUACAAUGCGAGCAAAGCCGGCUUGGUUCAUUUGUCCAAGUCACUUUCCGUAGAGUGGGUGGACUUUGCCCGGGUUAACUGCGUUUCUCCAGGUUUUAUUGAUACCGAAAUGCUUUCAGUUCACCCUGAAGAAUGGAGGAAGCAGUGGUUCUCUAUGAUACCUGGCCGUAGGCUUUGCAAAGCAGCCGAGCUGAAAGGUUCUUAUGUUUAUCUUGCCAGCGAUGCAAGUAGUUACAUGACAGGUGCGGACCUUAUCAUUGACGGAGGAUACACUUUGCCAUGA